UAUUGAAAGAGAGCAGGGGCGGCUUAGCGGGGCCGAGUGGUGAAGAAGAAGGGGCUUGGGUGAGCAGUAUCGAAAUGGAGAAGAAGGGAUUGGAAGGCACAGGUUUGGAGCUUCCACCCAAUCGCCAUGGCAACUUGAAGAGUGCUUCCAGCGACCAAGAAUUCAAAGAUAUUCUUCUUCAAAUCAAGUCCUCCAAAGCCCCUGCGGUCAUCAAUUAUGGAGCUUCUUGGUGUCGUGUAUGUAGCCAGAUCCUGCCAGCAUUCUGCAUGCUGAGCAACAGUUUCCCAAAGCUUUCAUUCAUCUAUGCAGAUAUUGAUGAAUGCCCUGAUACAACUCGGCAUAUUCGGUAUACACCAACCUUUCAAUUUUAUAGAGAUGGCGAGAAGGUAGACGAGAUGUUUGGUGCAGGAGAAGAGCGAUUGCACGACCGCUUGUGGUUGCACUCCUGAAAACAUGUCCUAGAGUCCCGCUUCGUUUAAACUUUUUGAUAAUUUUCUGUAAAGGUUCUGUAUGUUAGGUCAUGCCAGCCUGAUCUGCUAAAGAGCAAUUAUUAUUUUUUUUUUUUUUUUUUUUUGAGAACUCGUACCAGAAAUGCCAAUAAAUUCCAGUGCAUUGUCAAAGA